CGUGCCGAAUUCAAUGGAAGAGAUUCGCAAAAGGGGUCUGAUUGCAGUUGUCGGCGGCGUCUUUGCUUUUGUAACGUGUUGAAAACUCGUACAGAAGUGUCUCUCGAGUUCUUCGUGACGUAAGAGUAGGCAAAUUAAUAUUUUCCCCAGGGACUUCGAACCCAACUUCAACAGCUAACAGUAGAAUAAUUACCGAUGACUGUUUGAUAGAGGUAUGCUAGUCCUACCCCCUUUUUUAAAACGCAUUUAAGUCCGUUCAUUCUUAUAGCAGUAUAUUCUUGUACCACGAUAUAGAGGUUAUUAGCUCUAGAGAGUUUAAGCAUCUAAGCUAUAAGAGGUACAAUACGUACUUCAUAGAUGCUAAGGUUCCAGCCCAUGUGGGGUACCCCGCGGUACGCUACGUCAAGCCGAUCCCGCAUCCAACACCAAGCAGUCACAUAGUACCUAGGUAGGUAGUACGUAAGUUAAAAAACUGGGCAAGGUUAGGUACGAGCCGAUCCCGAUCCCGAAAACGGUGACUUAUACAUCUUUCCUCUUUCAUACACCAUGAGCUCUAUAAACGGCACCUCCGGUACGGCCAACAGGGACGACAACAACAACUUGUCACCCCCCACGGAGCUCGAAACGACGGAGAUCCUGCAAAGCAUCCGGAAUUCCACCACCGGUCCUUCGACUCCUUUACCCGCUGAUCUCACUCUCUCGCUCGACUUACAAAGCCAACAAAAACAACCACCUUCGCCCGAUUCGCCCGAUUCCCCCGAUUUAGCUUCCUAUUAUUGGGAUGCGUCGACGAUGGCCCCGCUAAACAAAAUCUCGGCGGCCGCCAUCGCGCGUCUGCGCGCCUACAAGCCCCCGCCGUUUCCCACCUGGGACCGUCUACCCGUAAGCCGACGCGCCGCGGUGCUGAUUCUGCUAUUCGCGGAUCGCAGAGGCGACCUGAGAGUCGUGAUCACGAUGCGAGCGACCAGUCUCCGCAACUUCUCCGGUCAUGCGGCUUUCCCCGGUGGGAAGGCAGAUUCGUUAGAGGAGUCGCCCUACCAAAUAGCUCGCCGCGAAGCGUGGGAAGAAAUAGGUCUCCCUAUGGACGACGCCAAGAUACCGAAGCCGUUCCGAAUCGAGCCGCUCUGCUACCUGCCUUGCAGUCUCGCGAAGACGGAAAUGGCAGUGCGCCCUUGCGUAGCGUUCCUGCACGCGGACGACGAGCCCGGAAAGCCCAAGGUCGUGGUGGACGAGGGCAUGAUGCCCCGGCUGGACGCGAAGGAGGUCGCAGCCGUCUUCAGCGGCCUUUUCCACAAUUUCCUGAAGGAGAAGGACGAGCCGCGCGAGGGCGAGACGAUACCGCCCGGCCAUUGGUACGACGGGUACUGGCACCACUGGCACGACAAGCCGUGGCGCGUACAUAACUUCUACGUGCCUGUAAAUAACCAGAAGGUAACGAAGCCGAAGGUCCGGGAAGGCGGGCAAGCCGUGCUUGCGGAGAAGCUAGAAGAAGAGGAAGAGGUGGUGCAGCGUUUCCUAGUUUGGGGUCUUACGGCGCGCAUGCUAGUCGACGCUGCGAGGAUCGCGUACGAAGAAGAGCCCGAGUUCGAGCACAAUUCUCACUACGGCGACGAGGAGAUCAUAGCGUUCCUCGACAACCAGGGCCGCCUCCCCGAAAAUAAAAGGAAGGAGGUAGGGCAAGACGCCAUUAAAGACGAGGUUAAGGAUGCAAAGAUGUAG